UGUAUCCCAUCAUCUACUUGUUAGGAACAACGCGCGAAACAAAGCGGUGCGGUUUGGGAUUAUCUUCCGAGUUGUUUGUGACACUUAAAUGUGCCAGGUACGGUGAAACUCAGAGCCUCUCUUAGAGGGAGCAGCGGCUCAGUGCCAGACACGGAGCAUGCACCGAGACCUGCUGCACAGUCUGUGAGCUGCUCCACGUGCGUGGUAGGAAUUCAUGUAGUUUUAAUGCUUAAAACUUUAAAUACCAGGCGUGUGUUAAUACCUGUGCUGAGCAGAGCCGGCAGCUCUCUCUCUCUCUCUCUCUCAGCUUUAUCACCGUGCCAUAGCACGGUCCUUGUGGAAGGCAAAGACCGUUUAUGAUCGGUUGACUGAAAGGUCGAGUGCAGUUUGAGUGAUAACACCGAUUAAAAAUAAAUGCUGGUUUAUAAGGGCACUUCCUCGGGCACCGUGGCACAAACUUGCAGCGGUGUGGAGUGUCAGCUGCCCCGCCAAUGUCGCUCCCCAGCGCCGAGCCCUGCUCCCCGGAGGAGCCCCCGGCGGCGGAGGAAGCCGCGGUGUCGCCCCCCGGCUCCGCGCCCGCCGCUCUUCCCGCCGCCGCUCCCGCUCCUCCUCCCGCUCCUCCCGGCGCCGUGCGCGGGGCGGGGCCGCGCUCCUCGGGCCCGGAGCGGCCCUCGGAGCCGGCGGCCGGAGCCAUGGCCGAGGCCGACCGGGAGCUGCGCGUCCCCUUCAUCGAGGCGGAGGAGACGGAGGUGGAGGCGGAGGCGCGGGCGGCCGGCGGCGGAUGGCGCUGCGGGCGGUGCGCGGACGGGGCCGCGCUGCGCUGGUGCAUCUCCGGGACGCUCUGCGCCUCUUUCUUGGGGCUGGGGAUGAGCAUCGCGGUGCUGGGUCCCACCUUCCCCACCCUGGCCGCCAAUGUCGGCAAGAACGUCAGCGACAUCUACUACAUCUUCGUGGGCCGGUCCUUGGGCUCCCUGGGCGGGUCGGUGGUCGGCGGGGUGCUCCUGGACUGCAUGAACGCCACUCUGCUGCUCGCCUUCUCCAUGCUUGGAACGGCAGCUGGUCUUUAUGCAAUACCCUGGUCUAAGGAAUCCCUGCUAUUGACAGUCUUGAUGUCAGUUAUUGGAGGUUCCAUGGGAAUUCUGGACACAGGUGGCAAUGUACUGGCACUGUAUACCUGGGGAUCGGAGGUUGGACCACACUUGCAGGCUUUGCACUUCAGUUUUGCUGCAGGUGCAUUUCUGGCUCCCAUGGUGGCUCAAAUGGACUUGGGGAGUUCUGAAUCUGAGGAACUUGCAGGGGCUGAAAAGACAAACCUGUCUGUCCUCAAGUCUCUGCCGACAGCAUCAGCCACAUCGACUACCCCAGCCCUGAAUGGCCAUCACAAUGAAAGCUUUUUGUGGUCCUAUAUUUUCAUAGGCACCUAUAUUCUCUUAGUUUCCAUCUUCUUUUUUGUUUUGUAUUCAAAGAGCAGCUCAACUAGAGACAAAUCAAAGGCUUCUGCGCAGAAGGACAGGCUUGCCAAAUACCACUGGCCUCUGGUUGGUCUCCUGUUCGUAUUCUUCUUGUUCUACGUGGGAGCUGAGGUCACCUAUGGCUCCUAUGUAUAUACCUACGCAAUGGUCUUUGCUGAGAUGAAGGAGAGCGAAGCAGCUGCUUUGAAUUCCGUCUUCUGGGGCGCGUUUGCCGUGUGCAGAGGAGCGGCGAUAUUCGGCGCUGCUUUCCUGUCCCCUGCCACCAUGAUCGUGAUGAGUCUCCUGUGCUCUGCUGCCUCCUCCACAACCCUGGCCUUCUUCGCGCACUUCCGAGCCGUGCUGUGGGUGGGAACGGCCGUGUACGGCGCAUCCAUGGCCACCAUCUUCCCCAGCGGCAUUGCCUGGAUCGAGCAGUACACGGUGGUGGAAGGAAAAACGGCUUCUCUGUUCGUGGUGGGCGCGGCGCUGGGCGAGAUGUGCAUUCCUGUCGCGGUGGGCUAUCUCCAAGGCAGGUACCACUACGUCCCUGUCGUUAUGUACACUGCCUUUGUCACUUCCGUCGUGACGGCCCUGCUCUUCCCUGCCAUGUACAAACUGGCCAACUGGCCCCAGCAGCGCGACUCGCGAGAAGCCGGUGACAGGGAGACUCGGAAAACUUUGUUGUCGAACUCGAGGCUUACUGAGGACGAGGAGGAGGAGGAGCAUGUCAGAGAGUGGAACGAUGUGGACUUUGAGGUAGUAGAAAUGAAUGACAAGGACACCUCCCCUAGGAUAGCAGGGGACUCUCCAGCUAAAGUCUCUCCCCAGCCCCAUCUGGACGAUGCUCUGGGUGAUCCUCCAGUGGUUGCUGAUGGCUCCCCUGGGAGACAAAAUGGGAUUGUUGACAGGGAGAUGAGUGAAUAGAAUCAAAGCUGACUUUUGUUUUAAAAUGGAAAUGCAAUUGAAUUGUAGCUGUUGUCAAGUGGUUGGGGAAUCCUUUCAUAGUGGUGCAGAGCACAGCAUGCUCAUUUUCCCAGUCCUUUCUCCUCUUUCAGCCUGCAGGGGUAUGUCUUGGAGUGGGAAGGUCCUCAGUGAUGUGAAAGGGGCAACAUGAUAAAUGUUUGGCUAUGCCAAAACUGCUAAAACGUAAAAGAUGCUUUCUAAAUAUGAGGCAUGCAGCCAAGGAAGAGAUGCUGUAAUAACUGGGAAAGAAGAGGACUGCUCAGACUACUCUGUUUUUUGAGGUGGGUGAAAGGUGCAGGUCUGAGAUACUUUGUCACAAAAUGGUUUCAUGAGAGAGGAGAGACAUCCUUUGCCGGUAAUGCUGAACUUUCUUACCUUGUGAAGGAGGAAUGCUUCUACUGCGUCUGAAAGCGGUGUGUGAUCAAAUCAGUUAAAAUUUCCAUGUUGCCCAGCAGCUGUAAAUUGAAUAACCUUUUGGCAAACUAUAGGAAUUUUUGGUUCUGAGACAAAGACAAGAAAAAACUGGGAAUUAUUUCUUAAUGCCUUUGGUUCACUUAAAAGCAGUUUAUGAGAAAGGGCACAAAAUGGGCCAUUGUUUAUCUGCUCAAAUGCAUAACUCCAACCUUCUAAACAGUGGCAACAAAUCUAAAUAAUCUAAAGUAUUUCUAAUUUUAAUUAUGGCACUACCACUGAAAUCAACAAAUGUACACAGAAGACAAAAAGAUAAAAUGAUCACGUCGUCUUUGAAUGGUUUGAGUUGGAAUGGACCUUUAAAGAUCAUCCAGUUCCAAACUGCUGCCAUGGCAGGGACACCUUCCACUGGACCAGGUUGC